AAUACUUCCGGCCAACCCGGAAACAGACAUAGCGUUCACGUGCGUUCGUAGAAGAUCCUCAGCAACAGCCACAACAUGGAUUUCGUUGAGGUUCCCGUAUCUGAAGACGCGUCCUGCGGUAACACCAAAGUUAAAAAACAGAAGAAUGGAAAGAAAAGACGCGAGAAAAAGACGGAAAAUAUCCCGGAAGAGCCACAAACCGCAGAGCCAACAGACUCUUCACUGCCUCCUACAUUCAGCAUAUCGGACAUCAAAAAUAAACAGCGAAGACACCUUAUGUUCAUGAAGCUUAAGCAAGAGAAGAGAAAACAAAAACUGCAGUUGCGAAAGAAAAGAAAACAGGAGAGAGAAGCACUUGGUGACAAGGCGCCGCCCAAAGAAGUUCCAAAGACGAUUGAAAAUCAGAGAAUAUACGAUGAGACGACAGUGGACCCAGAGGACGAGGAGGUGGCUUUUGAUGAAGGGACUGAUGAGUUUUCAGCAUACUUCAACAAACUGGUCAACCCUAAAGUUCUCAUCACCACCUCAGACAGACCAAGGGGGAGAACUGUCCGGUUUUGUGAGCAGCUUGCGACUGUCAUACCGAACGCACACGUGUACUACAGAAAAGGUCUUGCUCUGAAGAGAAUCAUUCCUCAGUGUGUAUCACGAGACUUCACCUACCUUAUGGUCAUCAACGAGGACCGAAAAGUGCCAAAUGGUCUGGUUCUUUGUCACCUUCCCGAUGGACCAACUGCACAUUUUAAAGUCAGCAGUGUUCGACUCCGAAAAGAGAUGAAGAGAAAGGGAAAGGACCCAACAGAUCACUACCCCGAGAUCAUUCUGAAUAACUUCACCACCAGACUGGGUCACAGCAUCGGCCGUAUGUUUGCGGCAUUAUUUCCUCAGGAACCACAGUUUGUUGGUCGACAGGUCGCCACUUUCCACAACCAGCGAGAUUUUAUCUUCUUUAGGUUUCACAGGUACAUUUUCAGGAACGAGAAGAAGGUGGGUAUUCAGGAACUGGGGCCCCGGUUCACUCUUAAGCUCCGCUCUCUGCAGAAAGGGACAUUUGACUCCAAGUUCGGAGAGUACGAAUGGGUUCAUAAGCGCCAUGAAAUGGACAGCAGCAGGAGAAAAUUCCAUCUCUGAAGACAAUGCAAAAGAAAACGUCACCCUGACGAGAUGAUGCUGAUUAUAUUUCAAGUGCAACCAGUCGACUUGUUAUUGUAAAAAAAUACAAAAAUAAAACUUCAUCACUUAAUGCAAGUCAGAUCAUCAGGUCAGAUGGAGUUUUACAUAAUAGUAAAAUAAAUUUGAAGAUAUUUCUUGCAGUUUGAUGGCAAAGUGUGUCUCAGAUCAGCAGCUGGUCACUGUAUUGUAUAUCAUAAUGUCUGAUGUUAACUGUCUACAUGUCAAGAAAGAAUGUUUGUAUUAUAUUCUAAAGUAUUA